CUUGACUCCGAUGUGGUGACAUUCUUUUUUGAUGAGAGCAAAACUCGCUGUGAUACGUGAUAUCUCCUUUUCUCUUUCCCUCUGUCUCUCCCAGCUUCCAGCUUGGUCCUUGUAAAUAGUCGCCCUGCUAUCAAUCUGCGCCUUCUGCCGUGUUUCGUUACUGGCGUCGACUUUGACGCCCUCGCAACUGUGCAGUGUAUUUUUGGGAGCUCUUGUACCUACAUCUCGAUCAUCCCAGACGAAGCGCCUAUAGCAACACAUCUUCGGCUCCAGGGGACAGCAAAGUAAGGGAGCUUGGAGAUCCGGGAGCUCUGACAGUACCAUUGAAUACUCCUAAACUCAUCACUUGCCACCGACGCGAAUCGGCAUCAUUAUAGUUGCCCGUGCUCUGUGGGCCAUUAUCAUCAUGUCCGAUACCGAAGGCUUCGAGGUCGUCCAGCACGACGAGUCCAUCCUCUCGGGUGAGGAGACGGCCAAUGCAUCGCCUAAGACUGCGACAAAGUCGCCCGCCUCAUCCACGAAAACCGCAGGUUCAACACCCGUCAAGAGACCGAGCGCUACGACAUCCACCACUCGUCGGCCUGGCGCUACCGGCGCCACCGCGACUAAGACAGCUACAAGUGCCGCGGCACGAGCUGGAAGCACCCUCAACAAGCCGCCCACACGUCCUCCGACGGGAUCAACUGUCAGGAAACCCGCAGUCGCUACAUCGACCACAACACAUAGGUCACAGCCCUCUGUAUCAGAGGAUGACAAGAAGAGACCAACUAUGACCUCCGCUGCACGACGUUCCUCAGUUGUUCCGGGUGGACUAACCUCGUCACCAUCUAAAACAGCUACAAGACCUACCACAGCGUCUACUACGUCUACAGCCAGGAAACCUGGUAGUGCGACAAGCAGUGUUACGCCUCGAACUACAGUGACUCGGACGGCAGCCCCCACUGGCACUGCCAAUUCUCGCGCAGCUGCAACUACAACUUCGACUAGGAGGACGAGCGCCACUGGUGUUGUCUCCGAUGCGAAAAAACGCCUUUCAUCGGUAACUGGUUCUCCUAUCGGUUCGACAACGGCUAGGCAUGCCUCACGUCCUUCAACUUCUAGCUCAGGAACAGUUACAAAAGAGGUCGAUGAGCUGAAAACGAAAUUAGCAGAGAAAGAAACCGAGGUUGGUGCUCUAAAGGAGCAGGUAUCCGCAUCUGAGGAGAAGAUAGCCGAGCUGGAAGCCAAGAUCAGCGCCGGGGCUGACAGCGUGCAAGAUGCACAGGAAACUGUUCAACAAGGUCAAGAAGAGCUUCUAGAGAGCCUGAAAGCUACCCAUGCGACUGAGAAAGAGGCACUUAAUACACAAGUCUCUGAAGCUCUUGCAAAAUUAAAGACUGCAGAGGAAGAGCUCGACGCACAUAAAGCUCAGCUGACUGAAUUGUCAAGCACCCAGGAUGCGAAGGAUACCUCAAUUGGUGAACUACAGGCUAAACUCGAAUCUCUUGAGCUCGGUAAAGAUGCUAGCUCUAAGGAUCUGGAAACGGCAUUGGCUCAGGCUGCAGAGGAACAUGCUGCUAAAAUAGAGAGUCUACAAAAAACCUUAGAGGAGCAGCAGCAGUCUAUUGAAGCCCUAAAAGCAGCACACGCUACUGAGCUUGAGCAGGGAAAAGCGUCUUCCAGCGAUUAUGAAAAGGCACUUGAGGAUUUGAAAGUCGCGAACGAAGCCCUCCAAAGCCAAAUUGAUGAGCUGAACUCAUCAAGAGAAAAUACAGAGACAGCCGACACUUCUAAGAUUUCCACUCUAGAGGCAGAACUCGCGGCACUGAAAGCGAGUUCAGAACAAGACAAGGUAGCCCUUGCCGAGGCCCAGGCUGAAGUCGAAGAAUUGAAGACAAAAUUGGCGGAAUCUGUGGCUCUUGCCGAUGCUACGAAAGAGGAACUGGCCGCGUUCAAGUCAGACUUCACGAACAUGCAGCAAGAACUUGCCCAAGCUAAGACCGAUGUGUCGUCCAGCUCUGCCCUCGCAGACCAAAUCAAAGAAAUGGAAGAAAGAUAUGAAAAAUUAAAACAGGAACACAAAACUUCUAUGGAGACACACGAGAAUCAGUUGAGACUAGUAUCCAAAGAUUAUGAAGAUGAGAUUGAGAGUCUCAAAGGUGAUGCAUUUUUCAAACGCCAGUUCCAUGUCCUUGAGGAAGAGCACACGGAGCUCCAAACAAAAUUCGACGAACUGACUGGCACUCACAAGGACGCAAGCAAGGCACACACUGAAGAGCUAGAAGCUAUCAAAGUUGAACAUGUAGCAGCUGUCAACGCCUUGACAGAGAAAGAAGAAGAGCAUCAGCGAGCUCUAGACGCCCUGCAGGCUAACCAUGCCAUGGAGCUGGAGAGUGCCAAGAGCGGUGUUUCUGCUGAUCAAGCCUCUCACCUUGAGGCGCUUGAGGCACUCAAGGCUAGCCAUGCAAAACAAAUUGAGAUCACUAAGGCUGAGAGUGAUGCCACUUUGUCUGCUGAGCUAGAAGCCUUGAGAGCGGCUCAUGCCCAAGAUCUAGAGCGUCAAAUCGAGUCGUUGAAAGUAGCACAUGCUGAUGAAAUCAAAGGCAAAAGUGAAGAGUCAGAAGCGCUGAAAGCAACCCACGCGGAAGAGAUCAUAGCUCGAGCAGAAGCUUUAAAGGCAGACCAUGCGGAUGUGGUGGCCGCUCAGAAAGCGGAGGCCGAAACAGCUAUCGCGGAACUAAAGGCUGCUCACGCUCAAGAGCUCUUAAACAAGCAAGCAGAUGACGGCGCUGUGAAGACUCAACUAGAGGCCAUGAAGCAAGCGGUUGAGGAUGCACAGGCGGAACUCGGAAAAGCGAGAGAAGUCCAUUCAGCCAAUGUCGAGGCCCUUAAAAAGGAAAGUGAUGAUGCGCACUCGGCUGAGGUAGAGAAGUUAAUUACAAUGCAAUUGGAAGCUGUUGAAGCCGCCAAAAGUGAUGCAUUGACUUCACACAAGAGCGCCAUUGACGCACUCGAAGUCAAGCAUGCUCAGGUUAUUGAGGAACUGACAAAGAACCACGAAACUAACCUUUCGACCGAAAUCGAGAAAGUACUGGCCAUGCAGUCUGAGGCAGCAGAGGCGGCGAAGAACGAAGCAUCUUCUGCGCAGAAGCAAAUGGUCGAAGCGCUCGAAGCUCAGCAUGCAGCUGCCAUUGAAGCCCUUGCUAAGGAAUAUGAAAGCAAACUUGCUACUGCAACUUCAGCCACCACGCAGCACCAGGAUUCUAUUUCAGAUCUAGAAGCUUCUUUAGUUGCUACGAAGGAAGCUUUAGCAAAGGCCCAAUCCGAAGCCGAAGGCUUACAGGCGGAACUCGCCAAUGCUAAGUCGAAGAACGAUGAGUCUCUUUCGAAAGCACAGGAUGAAGCUGGAGAACUCCAUCAGCAGCUUGCAGAAGCUAAAAUGCAGAAUGUUGAACUAAUGGCUGAACUUGAUGCUGUCAAAAGCCAGAAGCCUGACACGUCUGUCGCCGAUGCCCUAAGAGCAGAACUGGAGGAAUUGAAGAAGACGCAUGCCGACGCGGUCUCUCAGUCGGAAGCUUCGUCAGCAAAGGUUGCGGAUGACUUGAAAACUCUGCACAAUGACCUCAAUGCUAAGAACAGCGAUGUGGAGUCUUUGAAGUCACAACUGGACGCCGCGAAAGAAGAUAUGCUCAUCGCACAGAAAGAUCUUGAAGCACAUCAGAAUGACACAGCAGCAAAGAUCAAGAGUCAAGAAGCGGAUUAUAAGGAUAUGUAUGAGAAUUUCACGAAUAUGGUUGAAGAGGAGCAAAAGAAGAGGGCAGCAGCGGAGAAAGAAGCCAGUGAUAUAAAAUCUAGAUUUGCAGAGAUGGAAGCACAACUCAAGGUCAAAGAUGCCGAGAUUACAGAGAUCAAGGCAAACGCCGCGGCAGCUCCAGGCAAAAAGGGACUUUCGGCCAGUCGGUUUGCUACUGAUGACGCCAACGGCACGGCGGACGAGGACGGUGCGGAAUCAGAAUCCUCAGGGGCUGCAGGUGAGGAGCCAGAUCAUUCAUCGGUAGCGAUAAGCGCGCUGGCUCAGGCUAAUCUUUCCCUCAACGGCCUCCAGUCUAUUGACAACGAUAUGAGGGACCGUAACCUACGCAUGCUCAAAUCUUUGACCGAUGCGAGGGAAGCCUCUUAAUGGAUGUAUUAUUUAACGACGAUGUUGGAGAUCUUUGUUGGUGUCAACUUGAGGAAUUCAGUUCAUCCCCUUCCAUUAGGCUUCAUCCUUUCUCUCUACACAACUCACUAUGGUUCAGCUCAUUGAAAAAUCAACUGUACUUGCGGCCAGCUUGUGUAUCGAUAUUCUCCUAGUUCCCCAGCUAACUAAGCUUGAGACUUACUCCUCAGGUGUGUGGUGGUUGUUAUGUGUGGGCUAUGUUGCUAGGCCAGGAGGUAAAUUGUGAGAUGCCAAAUUUUGGGAAUCAAUGUAUGUAGCGUACUUAGGCAAGGGAUUUGCUGAUCACUGCGGCUACUACCAAGAUCCGGUUGGAUACAUUGGUUUUGCUCCUUUUUUUGUCGAUAAUUGACGAUACCCACUUCUAGCUCUAUAUAAUUUGACACCUUGAUGCAUACCGUCUUAAACAAAUG